ACCUCUCUUUUCACCUGAGGAGAGGGAGGGGCCUCACUCUGAGCUUGUCAAGGGGAAAAACAAGGAAGAGCUCACAUACGGGCAGGUUGCUGUGUGUUCACUUGACCAGAUUGUGUCCUGGAGACGGAUAAAAAAGGAUUUCACACAGCUGCUGGGUUUCCCAAAACGGAUAUGGACAUCCCGGACUCUCCUCACGGGAAAAUGGGGCUGCUGAGGACCUUUGAUUGCUCUGAGUUUGGCAGCUGGGAGAAAAUAGGAUCAGGUGGAUUUGGACAAGUAUACAAAGUGCGGCACGUACAGUGGAAAACAUGGCUGGCUAUCAAGUGCCCUCCUUGCCUUCAUGUGGAUGACAAGGAGCGCUCUGAGCUGCUGGAAGAGGCUAAGAAAAUGGAGGCGGCUAAGUUCAGAUACAUCCUGCCCGUGUAUGGCAUCUGUGAGGACCCUCAGGGCCUGGUCAUGGAGUACAUGGAGACCGGCUCUCUGGAGACCCUAUUGGCCACUGAGCCGCUGCCCUGGGAGCUACGCUUCCGCAUCAUCCACGAGACCGCUGUGGGGAUGAACUUUCUGCACUGCAUGAACCCUCCACUGCUCCACCUGGAUCUGAAGCCGGCGAACAUCCUGCUGGACGCUCACUACCAUGUCAAGAUUUCUGACUUCGGCCUAGCCCGCUGGAAUGGUCUGUCACGGGCUGAUGACAUCAGUAGAGACGGCUUCUGUGGCACCAUCGCCUACCUGCCACCUGAGAGCAUCAUCGAGAAGGACAGAGUGUCAGACACUAAGCAUGACGUGUACAGUUUCUCUAUUGUUAUCUGGGGGAUCCUCACACAGAAGAAGCCAUACCAAGGAGAGAAUAACAUUCUUCAGAUCAUGGUGAAGGUAGUGAAAGGGGUCCGUCCAGACCUGGGUGCAGUGCCUCGCUCAAGACCCUCAGCCUGUGCAGGAUUUCUGAGCCUUAUGCAGCGCUGCUGGGCCCCAAAACCUGAUGCCAGACCCAGCUUCCAGGAAAUCACCUCUGAAGCUGAGGAACUCUGUUCUAAACCACAAGAGGAGCCCAAGACACCAACUCUAUCAACAUCUGAGCUGGAGCCAUCAUCCCCAAAGUCACUCACAAGUGACCAGGUUAAUGACAGCAAGCCCGUGCGUCCAAAGUCGGCCAUGUUGCCAGAAAAAGACUACAGCCUGUCUGAGCUGCUGAGCCAGGUGGAUUCUGGGAUUUCGAGGAGUUUUGACCGUGUUAAAGAGGAAAGCUGCCACAGCAAAGAGAACACAUGCAAGAGACUGUCAGGCAUCUCUUCAGCUGAUUCAGCCUUUUCCUCCCAAGACUCCAUUACACUGUCCUUUGAGAAAGAAAACCCAUGUGAUUCUGCUGAGGUCCAGAAGCGUAAGCUGUGUGAGGCCAUCAGAACCAAAGACACUGCCAAGCUGAUGAAAAUCCUCCAGCCUCAGGACGUUGAUCUUCUUCUUGACGGUGGAGGCAGUCUGCUCCACCACGCCAUCACAUUGUCUAACGAAGAGGCUGUUAAAUUCCUUCUCCUGAACAAUGCUAAUCCCAACCUUGCAAACGCCCGUGGCUCUACCCCUCUGCACCUGGCCACAGAGCACCACCUGAAGCCGCUGGCAGAUCUCCUGCUCGGCCGUCGCAGCACCAACGUCAACGCCAAGGACGAGGACCAGUACACAGCUCUGCACUGGGCAGCUCAGAAUGGCGAUGAGGCCAUCACACGCCUGCUGCUGGACCGUGGAGCAGCCAUCAAUGAGGCAGAUGGCCAGGGACGCACUCCAGCUCAUGUGGCGUGCCAGCACGGCCAGGAGAAUGUGAUGGUGCUGCUGAGCCGUGGUGCAGAUGUUCGAAUCAAGGGUAAGGACAACUGGACCGCGCUUCACUUUGCUGCCUGGCAGGGGCACCUUGGCAUUGUGAAGCUACUGGUGAAGCAAGGGGCUGACGUCAACGGGCAGACCACAGACGGGCGGACACCUCUUCAUCUUGCUCGCAGGGGGCAGUACAGAGUAGCGAGGAUCCUGAUUGAACUAAGAGCUGAUAUUCACAGAAUGUCUGCUGGGUUAAACACACCUCUACAUGUGGCGGCAGAGACCGGUCACACCAGCACCUCUCGCCUCUUGAUCAAACACCAGGCUGAUAUCCAUGCCCAGAAUGCACAGGGACUUACCCCUCUUCACCUUGCCUCCCAGAGGGGCCACUUAGCCACGGUCAAGAUGUUGAUAGAAGGGGCAGACCCCCAAAGAACCAACCAGGCCUUACGAACCCCCUGCCACUUUGCAGCAGAGAAUGGACACUGUGAAGUCCUGAAAGAGCUGCUCCUCCACUGUCCAGAGGGCGCUGCUCUGUCAGACGAGCAGGGGCUGAGUCCGUUACACCUGGCUGUGCAGGGCGGAUACUCAAACAUCAUCACCAUGCUGGUCCCACAGGACUGCCAGGACUUAGUUACUGACGAAUCAGUGACACCAACAGCUGAACAACCUGCACAGCCUGAGGGGAAGCAGCUCCAGAGGAAAGUCGUCAUCCUAAAAUUGACGGAGCACAAAGACAAAGACUGUCCACAGCCUGCUGGUGCACAGUGUGCCUCAGCACCUUGCUAACAAACAGAGACAUGGCCAGAACUGUACAGAGCUGUCUUUAGAGCCAUUUUUUACUACUCUUUUCUUGGGUCAUUCAGAACUUAGGACUUUUUAUGGACUUACAUGCCCUUUCCUUUUGGUCAAAAAAAGCUUCGAUGUAAAUAUGUACACUGUAAAUAGAAAGUAUAAAUACUCUGCUGUGUUUGAAUAAACACUGUGUUAAUUUUUUUUUUUUUUACCAAACAAGCACAUUUUUUUACUAAACAAACACAGACUUAUGAUGAGGACACCUGUGACCUGUGGGGACUUUUCAGUAUACUGGACUGCCUGUAAGUUACAGAGCACAAACGUUAGUUACAGAGCAGUCGAUCAUCAGAGCCAUUGCAUUUAUACAACAGUUUAACAUUCAGUGUUCUGUACCUGUUACAUAUCAGUGCUUCAUCACCAUUAAACCAUUUUAAACCUUA